UGAGGAGAAGGAGGAGGAGACAAAGAAACUCGGGCACAUGAUGAGGAUGAGAGUGACUCAACAUUCAGGUGCGGCGCCCUCGGAUGGGCGGAUCUGAUCUCUGCGGCCGCUGGGACACUGUCCGAACUUCCCCUAACACUGGUUUCCCGGAUCCCGGUAGUGUCGUCUGCAGGACUAACCCGACACUAACUGGCCGCCCUAGCAGGAACGUGUGUCAAGUCUUCAGUGUUUCCCCAGCGUGCUUGGAAUAUGUGGGUUAAAGUGUGUUCGGAUUAGAGCUUGAAGGGGACCGACUAGGACUUAUAUCACUUCCGGCUUGAACCUGCAUUCCUACAGUGUCUUUGAGUAACAGUGAUCUUUGAAAGUGAGGGAAGCUACCAGCCCCUGCAUGCAUUGGCUAAACAGGCGGAAUGGAAUUGUUGUGACCGAGAUACCAUCUACAUAUCUGGGAAAUCAAGAUUUUGAAACAAAACAACUUGGAUCUAAAACAAAUCAACCUUUUUUUUCCUGGGUAAUUUGGUCCCUGACGCACUCAAACUCUGCAUUAUGAGCACCAUCAGCGAUUAAAGAACUGCUCACUUUGUAACCUGAGUCAUUUGAUACUUAACCACAAAAUGUGGUAAUGUGUUUGCACUUGAAGGCGAGGAGACGAAAGGUACAUUUCACAUAGAUUUUAAGCAAUGGAAAUAGUACUUGAAAUUUAAAGUGUUUUAAAAUGAACUAAGAAUAUUGCACAGACAAUGCAGAAUCACCAAUUUAUAAAUGGAAAUGCACUGAAAUCAAACUGAUGCAUCAUUUCACACUUGAAUUCUGAAGAAAACUGGAAAGACUAUCACACGAUGCUUGCAAUAUUUCACCCAAAACUUUAAACCUCCUGGCAUUUUAAGACACAGGAAAAGUGAAAUAAAGGUGUUGAAAGCUGUUAAACUUGUUUCAUGAGGACACAUUUUGAACAGAAGAAUGGCGGGAAAAGACUACCAUCACCUCUUCAAGCUGCUCAUCAUUGGUGACUCCAAUGUAGGGAAAAGCAGUUUGCUCCUACGAUUUGCAGACAACUCAUUCUCUGGAAGUUACAUAACCACUAUUGGAGUUGACUUCAAGAUCCGCACAGUUGAGAUUGACGGAGAAAGAGUUAAACUCCAGAUCUGGGACACCGCAGGGCAGGAAAGGUUUAGAACCAUCACCUCGACGUAUUACAGAAACACUCAUGGUGUCAUCAUUGUUUACGAUGUUACAAACCCUGAAUCAUUUGUCAACGUGAAAAGGUGGUUAAACGAAAUCUCGCAGAACUGUGACAACGUCUGCAAAAUAUUAGUGGGAAACAAGAAUGAGGAUCCUUCUAAAAGGCUUGUGGACAGCCAAGAUGCUAUGCGCUUUGGAGAGUCAGUUGGUGUGAGGUUGUUUGAGACGAGCGCUAAAGAGAAUAUCAACGUUGAAGAGAUGUUCAUGGCUUUCACCCACAUGGUCCUUCGGGCCAAGAAACAGAGCCAGAGUCGAGCAGAAAGAGAGAGAGAGAGAGAAAAGGACACUGUCCAUAUUAAUUCCCACAGGGAUAGAGAGAGGAGGAAGAAAGGGAAGAAAUGCUGUUAGAGCAGAGGUGUUUGGAAGAUAUGGAAAGGAGGACAAAUCAAACACCUUUGUUCCAUUGCGUCACCUUAACAGAUCAGAAAUGUGACUUUUUUUAUGUUAACACUGCGCUUAGAAAAAGCCAAGAGGAAUAAAAUCACUAUUAUGUGCCGAACAUCAGCGUUUGUUUACACGUUUGUCCAUUUUUUUUUUUUGUGCUUUUUGGGAAAUUGACUGGCAUGUUUUUACACUGGUAUCAAAAGCCUGGUCCUGGAAAGACACUAUACACAAACUGUCUAAUGUGUUCCACUAUUAUUUGUGAGAGAUGUUUCGUGUUGGAUUAAAAUUGUCCUGGUAUUUGUCAUUAAUGUAUGCAAAUAAUAAAUAAGCAAUAAAAGAUGAUUUUAACAGAA